AUGGUUGUGUCUUCAGGUCGUGGCAUCUUCACUUUAGCCAAUUUCAAACAAGGAGACUUUGUGGUCGAGUAUAGAGGGGAGCUUAUUGAUGCAACUGAAGCUGAACACAGACGUAACCUGUACCCCAGCGCAUGUUCAGUCUUCAUGUUUGAAUUCAUAUGGAAGCAGAAGACAUUGUGCAGAAGGAAGCCACAUCUCUGCCUUUUUGCACUGAAGGAAAUUGCGGCAGGAAGUGAAAUUACUUAUGACUAUGGUGGGAAAGAAUGGCCCUGGCGGAAAAAGCUAAAGAUCGCAAGCAUCCCUUCUGGUCAACAGUGUGUUGCAGAGCCUAUUGCCCAUGACGUGGAGCACCAUGUGAUCUCUACAGACUCAUUCACAGACAGAGAAUUAAGAGCAGAGUGUCAGUCAUCUAGACCUACAGCAGACAACUCUGAGCAUGAGGUGCAUUCUGUUGGAGGUCAGCGUGGCACUUCUUCUCUGAAAGAGUUAAUUGGUGAAGUUGGUGUCCAGUAUCAGGAGUUGUCACCCCAAGCAUUCUCAGAAGAACUUACCAGUGAAAGCAAAUCGAAAGAGGUGCCACAAUCAUCCAGAGCUGUGCCUAAUGACUCUGCUUGUGAGCUAAAGAUCGCAAGCAUCCCUUCUGGUCAACAGUGUGUUGCAGAGCCUAUUGCCCAUGACGUGGAGCACCAUGUGAUCUCUACAGACUCAUUCACAGACAGAGAAUUAAGAGCAGAGUGUCAGUCAUCUAGACCUACAGCAGACAACUCUGAGCAUGAGGUGCAUUCUGUUGGAGGUCAGCGUGGCACUUCUUCUCUGAAAGAGUUAAUUGGUGAAGUUGGUGUCCAGUAUCAGGAGUUGUCACCCCAAGCGUUCUCAGAAGAACUUACCAGUGAGAGCAAAUCGAAAGAGGUGCCACAAUCAUCCAGAGCUGUGCCUAAUGACUCUGCUUGUGAGUGUACAAUUCAUAGGCUGGUAUUUGAAUCGGUGAAACUUGACAAAUGCGGGAUAUGCCAUUCACCUUUGACAGCUAUCAGAUGGCACGGUCUAAGAUGCAAGCAAUGCCGUUGUGUGUGGCAUAAGAUCUGCCUCCAGACAUCUUCAGAAGACUGGGAUAUGUCCGACGGUGAUGUCUCAUCUGAUGAAGAAUACAUCCCAAAUUCUGCAUCAGAUUCAGAAAGCUCAGGAACAGAGUUGUCUAUUGAGUUACCUGGACCAUCAAAAAACUCCCAUGCUGCUAGCAUGCCUGAUUUAUGCGUUACUUUUGCUGAAAAAGAACAGACCAUGGAUGUUAACAACAACUUUGAGCACAUUUUGAAUGAUCUUGAAACUACUGAUGAUCUUCAUCCCGACCAAGAACCAGACAGCUCAGAGUCAUGCCAGCAGAAAACAAAAGAUGCAUGUAGCGAAAAGAGUACUGUGGAUAUUAGCCAAAAUGAAUCCCCAACCAAGUCAACAAAAUUAAUCAAAAGCACAGUCAAUUUUUGUUUUGUGUGUGGAAAACCUCAAACAAAAUUUGCACGUCAUCUGGAGACGCAUGUAAAUGAAAAUGCUGAAGUCGCCCAGGCGCUUCAGUUACCCAAAUCAUCAAAGGACAGAAAAGUUCAUCUUGAAAGGUUACGAAACCUUGGUAACUUCAAGCACAACUCUGCUGUUAAAACCACAGGAUCAGGUUGUCUUAAAGUGAAAAGGAUCUCAAAAAAGAGCAGCAGCAGCGCUGAGACAUACGAGUACUGCUUAUACUGUAAGGGUAUGAUAUCCAGAAAAGAAGUUUCUCGGCAUAUGAAAAGAUGUGCUUUAAGACCAGAGAAUAAUGCUGAAGAGAAGCUGAAAGAUAGAGUCUUUGGUAUAGCAUCUACUCAAUCCACAAUGUCUCAGCCAAUUUCAAGUGAACUCUACUCAGUACUGGGCAAGAUGCACAAGGAUGAUGUGUCUAGUGCAAUAAGGAAUGAUCAUUAUAUUAUGCAGUUGGCUCAGUCUCUUUUUAAUAAGCAUGGAAGUGACAGAUCAAAGCAUGAGUAUAUAAGACAGAAAGUAAGGGAACUUGGGAGAUUACUUGUGACUUUAAAUCACACAACAAGAAUCCAUAAUAUGGAAGAGGCAAUAAAACCAGCCAACUUCUUUAUUCUUACUAAUGCUGUCAAGAGAGUUUCAGGUUUUGAUACUGAAACCAGCACAUUCAAAGCCCCAAGUUUGGCCCUGAAGCUCGGACAUUCUCUGAGAAAAAUAAGUGAUAUUAUCAUGUGUCGUGCUCUCAUGGAAGAGGAUCAAGAGGCGAUCGAUUCAAUCAGGAGGUUUCACACACUUCAUGAAACAAAGUGGUCUGAAUUAGUUUCCCAUUCAGCCUUAUCAAACCUGAGUGAGGCAAAAUACAACAAGGUCGACAGCCUUCCACUGACCAGAGAUGUUCAGAAGCUGCAGUUAUAUCUUGGUCAGCAAGUGGAAUCGGCUAGGGAGAAACUAGGUGAUAACCCAACAGCAGGAACUUAUGCAGCACUAGCAAAGGUGAUCCUUUGUCAAGUGAUUUUGUUCAAUAGGAGGCGGGAAGGUGAAGUAGCACGUAUGACUGUCAAAAAUUUUGAAGAUCGUGACAUGUCCAAACUAAACGAUGACAUCAGCUCUGGGCUUACAGAAGUUGAGAAAAGGCUUUGCCAACAGUUUGCCAGAGUGGAACUGAAGGGGAAAAAAAGGACGAAAGGUGGCUGUGAUCCUGACUUCUGA